CCCUAGCUAAUUUAAGAGCGGUAUCGUGCGCGUCGGGCGUGCUGACGGCGUCGUCGCGAUUGGAGCCUGCGCAGAACCUCAACGCGGGGGGCGCCGCCAAUUGCUUAAGCUACACCUCGCUUUCAUCAACCCAUAUACAACUUGUGCCAAGCGUGAUCGGGCUCCGCCACCUUGCCAGCACCUGCUCGCCCGCCAAGAUGUCCCAAAAGCCGUUCACCGUGGGCGGCAUAGGCGCGCAGCCCAGCCUGGAUGAUGUGGUGAAGAUCGCGCAGGGGGGCCUGGUGGCGCUGGACGCCGCGGGCGCGGAGCGCAUCAAGAAGGAGUCGCCCGCGCCCAAGUCCUUCCAGCCGGAGGCCUUCACCGCGGGGCCCGGCCCCGCCCCCGCUGAUGCCGCGCUGCUGGACGCCGCCCAGACGCGCGCCGUGCUGGCCACGCGGCUGCUGACGGUCAUGAACGGCCGCAGCGGCGUGCGGCUGCAGGUGGCGGACUUCCUCACGCAGCUGCUCAACAAGCCGGGGCUGCUGCCCGCACUGCCCGCGCUGCCCACCGACGCCGCCGUGCUGAGCCAGCUGGCGGACGCAUGCCACGGCGCCGGCGCCGCACUGCAGCAGCAGCAGCCGGCCGGCAGUGGCGCCGCCGCCAGCCCGCACACCGCCGCCGAGCACCCGCACGCGGCGGCGGCGGCGGGCGGGCCGCUGGCGGAGGCGCUGGCGGCAGCGGGCGUGGCGGCGCCCAGCCUGAGCGCCGCGGAGCGCGCGGUCCUGAGCAGCGGCGCCUCGGCGGCGGCGGGCGUGGGCGCGCUGGCGGUGGCGGGCGGCAGGCGGCUGCUGAGCGCGGCCACUGCGGCGGCGGCGCUGUCGGUGGAGGCGCUGGGCGCUAGCACCAAGGCCUACGAGGCGGAGGUGGUGGAGGCGGCCGGCUACAAGGGCGCCAUGGGGGUGGCGGACGAGCUGCAGGGGCUGCUGGAGGGCAGCAAGCGGGCCGACACCUUCAAGGACAAGAGCGGGGACCCGGGCGCGCUGGCGGCCUUCACCGCGGCGCCGCAGCGGCUGGGCGCUCUGAGCGAGGCUCUGGCCGGCGCCUACACGGCGGUGCGCAGUGAGGUGCAGAGCGGAGCGCUGGCGCCCAAGGGCACCACGGUGCUGUCGGCGCCCUCGCCGCUGCUGCCCAGCUCGCUGGUGGAGCUGUCGCGCGCGCUGCUGGCCGCCGCCCGCGACGCCCUGGCCCGAGCCCGCGCAGUGGCGGCGCCGCCCGGGCAGGAGCCGGCGCCGCCCGGCAGCGGCCCCGCGGCCACCGCGGCGGCGGUGUCGGAGGCGGUGGCGGCGGCUGAGGGGCGGCUGGCGGCGGCGCAGCGGGCGGUGGUGGCGGUGGGCGGCGCCAUGCUGGAGGACGUGACCGCGCUGCCGUCUGUGCAGGCGGCUCUGGCUGCCACCGGCGCGCUGCAGGCUGCCCUGGAGGCGGUGGCGCUGGAGGCGGUGGCGGCGGUGGUGGCACUGCGCGCGCUGGAGGGACCUCCCGCCCCGCCGGCCGCGGAGGCCGCCGCCGAGGCCGCUCCCGCCGCCGCCGCUCCCGCCGCCGCUGACGGCAAGGGCGGCAAGGGCGGCGACGCCAAGGGCAAGAAGGAGCGCAAGGGCGGCGCCGCGGGUGUGGUGCUGGGCAAGGGCACGGCGCUGGUGCGGGCCUACGUGGAGCGGGCGGCGGCGGGCAUGGCGGGCGCCAAGGACGGUGUGCUGGUGGUGCCGCCGCUCACCCCGGCCUCCUCCUCUGACGCCGCCUCCUCCGCCUCCUCGCUGCCUGCGGCCUGGUGCGGCGCCUGCCAGGCGCUGCAGCCGCACGGCGCGGCGCUGGCCAAGUUCCUGGACGAGCUGCGGGCGGUGGUGGAGGCCAACCAGACGCGGCGCAAGCCCAAGGUGCCCAAGGGCGCGCGCGACUUCCUGCCGGAGCAGAUGGCCAUCCGGGAGCGGGCGUUCGCGGCCAUCACGGGCGUGUUCAAGAGGCACGGAGCCGUGUCCAUCGACACGCCGGUGUUUGAGCUGCGCGAGACGCUGAUGGGCAAGUACGGCGAGGACUCCAAACUCAUCUACGACCUGGCGGACCAGGGCGGCGAGAUCCUGUCUCUGCGCUACGACCUCACGGUGCCCUUCGCGCGCUUCGUGGCGGUGCAGGGCAUCACCAACAUCAAGAGGUACCACAUCGGCAAGGUGUACCGACGCGACCAGCCGCAGAUGGCGCGCGGCCGCUUCCGCGAGUUCUUCCAGUGCGACUUCGACAUCGCCGGCAGCUACAGCGCCAUGGUCCCUGACGCCGAGGUGGUGGCUGUGCUUGUGGAGAUCUUGUCGGAGCUGCGGCUGGGGCAGUUCGAGGUGAAGCUCAACCACCGCGGCCUGCUGGACGCCAUGCUGGCCAUCGCGGGUGUUCCGGCUCAGAAGUUCCGGCCCAUCUGCUCCGCCAUCGACAAGCUGGACAAGGAGCCGUGGGAGGUGGUGCGGGCGGAGAUGGUGGGCGACAAGGGACUGCCGGAGGAGGUGGCGGACACCAUUGGCCAGUUCGUGGUGCUCAGGGGUGAGCCCAUGGCGCUGCUGGCCAAGCUGUCGGCGCCUGACCACCCCCUGGCGCAGCACCCGCAGGGCAAGGCGGCGCUGGACGACCUCAAGAUCUUCUUCGAGAUGCUGCAGGCCAUGGGGCGGCUGGGCCCUGUGACUCUGGACCUGUCACUGGCUCGCGGCCUGGACUACUACACAGGCGUCAUCUACGAGGCAGACAUGGACGCGCACGUGGAGGAGGAGGUGCCGGUGGCGGACCUGGCGGCGGCGCUCAAGCAGCGGCUGGCGGCGCGGGAGGCGCGGCUGGCGGCGGCGGCGGCGGCGGACGGCGGCAGCGCGGCACCCGAGGCGGCGGCGGCGGCGGCGGAGCCUGCAACGCCCGCCAGCCAGUGAGCGGCGGCGGCAGCUGCCUGUAGCUAGCUGGUUGAGCUGCUGACAAGAGAUUGGAGGUUGGGGCCUUGUGUUUGUGCGCUUGCACAUACAAAUGCGUGCGUGUGGUGUGUUUGCUGGAUGGGCGAACGGUGUGUGGACGUGCGGGGUGGAGGCAGUGUCAGGAAUAGGCGGGUGAUAUGCAGGCGCGUGUGCCCUUUAUGGACGGUGCUGCAGGUUUGGCGCUGGCGGUACAGGGGCAGGCAAGGCGCGGGUCGAGGUAGUUGAGGCGGGUGAGCGCUGGCGGCGAGCGAGCGAGGGGCGUGGGUAAGCACACGCCUGCGUGUGGAGUGAAGCCAGAGGAGUGGACUUUGGGGCUUGCUAAUUGCGCGAGCGGAAGGCGGGGUGUAAGGCGCCUGGAGG